GUGUUUCUUGCUGGAAAAUAAGCAUUGAACUCAGUUUUUGACUCUAAGACACAAUGUGUAAACUUUAGUUAUACCUUUGCCUUUCUGAGGAUCUAAAGUGCUGGCGGAUAAAUGCUGAAAAGCAAUGAGACUGUGUUUCUGAAAAAGUGGGAAAAGGAGUGGUUCACUAAAGAAACAGGAUGGGUGGAGCUGUAGUUUAAUAGAGCUAGUCGGGUACUCCAGUCAAGACAGAAGUUACAUGAGGAAUGAAGUUGGGCUUCUUUUCUCCUGGUAUUUUGAAAACAACUCCACCCUCUCUAUAAAGGCGCAGAUUGCAACCUAGCAGGGAGUGCGGUUUCCCCUGGAAUCUGAACCAGCCAUGGCUGGGACACUGGAGAAGCAGAAGAGUAACCUGAGUGGCAGUAGCUGUGACAUCCGAGGCUGGAGGAAAUUUCAGCACCCAGUUACCAGCUCCCCUGAGUGGCCGGUGGCGGUGUGGGGCAUGGCAGCAGUGUGGCAACAAGUGUUGGCUGUAGAUGCACGAUAUAACGCAUACCGCACCCCAAACUUCCCUCAGUUCCGUACACAAUACAUCCGCAGACGAAGCCAGUUGCUGCGGGAUAACGCUAAAGCAGGCUUCGAUCCCUUGCUUCGUAAGCAAUACCUGCGGCUACGCAGUCAGCUUCUGGCCCAGCGCUACGGCCCACUCUCAGAACAGAGCAGCUUUCGAGCCUACAGCAACAGCAUCGUCCGAAGCAGUCGCACUACACUUGAUCGCAUGGAGGAUUUUGAUGAUGACCCAAGAGCACUGGGUGCCCGAGGCCACCGCCGCUCUGUCAGCCGAGGUUCCUAUCAGCUGCAAGCUCAAAUGAACCGAGCCGUCUACGAUGAAAGAUCACCAGGGAGUGUUGUCCCCACUUCAGUGGCAGAAGCUAGUCGCGCUAUGGCUGGAGAUACUACACUAAGUGAGAACUAUGCCUUUGCUGGCAUGUAUCAUAUCUUUGACCAGCACGUGGAUGAAGCAGUGCCUAAAGUCCAGUUUGCCAACGACGACAAACACCUACUAGCCUGCUGCUCUUUAGAUGGCGCCAUUUCGGUGUGUCAGUUAGUACCCACUCCCCCUGUGGUGCUUCGAGUGUUGAAAGGACAUAGCCGUGGUGUAUCGGACUUUGCUUGGUCUCUCUCCAAUGACGUUAUAGUUUCUACUUCACUUGAUGCCACAAUGCGCAUUUGGGCUACAGAGGAUGGCAAGUGUAUCCGGGAAAUCCCAGAUCCAGAUGCUUCUGAGCUACUUUGCUGUACUUUUCAACCUAUGAAUAAUAAUCUCACAGUGGUGGGAAAUGGAAAACACAACCUUCAUGUGAUGAACAUCUCAACAGGGAAAAAAGUGAAGGGUGGCUCAAGCAAACUAACAGGCCGAGUCCUCUCUCUCUCCUUUGAUUCUCCUGGGCGUAUCCUCUGGGCAGGAGAUGACAAAGGCAGCAUAUUCUCAUUCCUCUUUGACAUGGCAACAGGAAAACUGACCAAAGCCAAGCGCCUCAUAGUUAAUGAAGGAAGUUCUAUCACCAGUAUCUCAGCCCGUUCCUGGAUCAGCAGAGAAGCACGUGAUCCCUCUCUCCUCAUUAAUGCAUGUAUUAACAAGCUAUUAUUAUAUAGGGUAGUGGAUAAUGAAGGAACAUUGCAGCUGAAGAGAAGUUUCCAAAUACAACAGAGCUCACAUCCUGUCCACAGCAUUUUCUGCCCCCUCAUGUCUUUUCGUCAAGGCGCUUGCAUUGUGACUGGAAGUGAAGAUAUGUGUGUGUAUUUCUUUGAUGUGGAACGGGCUACCAAAGCUAUCGUUAACAAACUUCAAGGACAUAGCGCUGCAGUCUUGGAUGUCAGCUUUAACUGUGAUGAGAGUCUCUUGGCAUCCAGUGAUGCCAAAGGCAUGGUGAUUGUCUGGAAAAGAGAACAGAAGUAGCAUAUUUUCCUGUGAUAAGUUAAAGGAGAAACACAUACAAGACGCUGCUUUGAGGACAACGGACAAAGAGGAUUAAAAGAUCCAAUCUUUCUUCCAAUUGUUGGUUUAUGUCUUCUUCAUCCUGGAACAUACUGCACAUACUUCCAUAAUACAGUGAGACCACUGCUGUUGUCCUUUUCAGUUGGUGAGAUUUUGUACAAAGCUUACAAAGGAUUCCACUUAACCCUGUGAAAUGUGGCUUAAUGGAUUUCACCAUUCAGAUAACUGUUCUUUUGAUGAAAGAGAAUGUGAUCAAUUGUGCUACAGGAAGUGGUUAUGAAUUGGCAUAAUAAAAUUUAAGACCUCAAGGAUUCUUUUCUAAUUCAAGAAUGUGAAACCUAAUUUAGUCUCAGUCCUGUCUUUUCCUAGAUAGCAUGAAACUACUUUACUAUAUGAAGAGUGCUCAAUUUCCUCCUGGAAAUAUAUUUUGCACAGUAUGGGUUAAAGUAUCACUCACUACAAUAUAACACAAGAUAUCAAAGAUGAAGAAAAUCAACCUGUGUUAAUUGAAUUUAUGGACUUCAGCAUUAAAUUUGUGCAUAGACUGCUCUUCAAUAUAGAAUUUAUGUAGUAGGAUAUUUGCUUUAGCGUGUUUUUCAAAAGUUGACUUAGUACUUUCUUAAUAUAACCUUUGUGUAUGAAAGCCACGGAUAUGAACACAGCAUUUAAUGUCUAGUAAGCCUUCUGGAAUCUACCAAAAUAAUUAGCAUAUUCCUGAUACCACACAAAUGAGUUUUCUUAGAAAUGAAGUUCUGAAACGGGUCUACUUAAAUUGCAAAAUGCUUUUUUGUUACAUCUUUCACAGCAUGCAUGAAACUGGGGUAUAAGAGGGAGGGUUGUUGUAUUAAACUUUCUGUAUUGUGGCUAUUACAAUUUUUCUUUGGCUUUGUUCUCUUCUGUGCAUAAGAAACUCUAAAUUAACUGUCACUGAAAAAAUUGCAAUGGUAUUUAAUCAUAGGUUUUUCAGGCAGGUACCUGGCAGAAAGGAAUAGAUUUGAGAGAUAUAGUAGUACAAUUAAGUAAUCUUAUCAAGAAGCAUGGAUUGAGCUAAGGGGAUUGUAUCCAUGGACAUGCAAGCCAGUCACAUCUUUGUAGUAAGGAAAUUGCAAGGCGUUAGGCAGAAUUGACAGAUUUUUGAGUACAGUUGAGAGGAUUAAGAGAUUAUUACAUGGUAAUGGUGUCUGAAAUGCAUAAAUCAGUUUAGCUCUAAAGGAAAGCUAUGUUAGGUGGAAAAAAUAUAAAGUUAACAAUGUAAAGUAGCAUGAGACUUUCAAAUAAACUAGGUAUGUUUAGGUAAAGGUAUGUUUUUUUAACAUUACAGCUGUAUUUCUAAUAAAGUGUAACUGCAGUCUACCAUUUAAACUGCUCUUAAAUUAUGA